AUGAUACAAAACAUUUUGAACCACCCGAACUUUCAUCUUUUUCUAGGGACUGCCUUCUUUUCUAAACUUGUCGGGAUUUACAUAAUCGUAUGGCUUCUCUCAAAUAACCCCAGGAAACCACUCCCUGAAGAAUUGCAGUACUCGACCAUAGACGGCAAUGAGGGUGGCAAGGUUCUUAGAGGCCAAUUGCCGAACUCGAAGGAGGAUGGCAUAGUACUAUCUGUUGUCGUGCCCAGCUAUAACGAAACCGGGAGAAUAUUCAAAAUGUUGAAAGACGCAAUUGAGUACUUAAAUACUAAGAUGGCUGAUCAAUGGGAAAUUUUGAUUGUCGAUGAUGGUUCCGCGGACGGUACCAGCGAAUAUUGUCUGAAGUUGUCUCUAGAGGAAUUCCAUUUGAAACCAAAUCAAUUACGCGUUUUGAAAUUCUGUCAGAAUAGGGGGAAAGGUGGUGCUGUAAGACAAGGGAUGCUACAUGUCAGAGGUGAGUAUGCUCUUUUUGCAGACGCAGAUGGUGCCAGUCUGUUUAGUGAUGUUGAAAAACUGAUACAAAAUAUCAAAGAAAUGGAGAAACCUGAUACCAAAAGUGGGGAGAAAUCGCCAGCAGUUGCGCUGGGAUCUAGGGCACACAUGGUGGAUACCGAGGCCGUCAUAAAGCGGACGUUCAUACGAAACUGUUUGAUGUAUGGUUUCCAUACUUUGGUCUACGUAUUUGGUAUUAGGUCGAUCAAGGAUACUCAAUGUGGUUUCAAAUUGUUUAAUAGAGAGGCCAUCGAUUUGAUAUUCCCAUAUUUGCAUACAGAGGGUUGGAUUUUCGAUGUUGAAAUUCUCAUCCUUGGAUACAAGAAAAAGGUUCUCAUAAGGGAAGUUCCCAUCUCCUGGCAUGAAGUUGACGGUUCCAAGAUGGACUUGGCCGUUGACAGUUUAUUGAUGGCUAAGGACUUGAUCAUCAUUAGAUUGGCGUAUUUAUUGGGUAUUUACAAGUCUAAACGCGAGUGCUGA